AAAAGGGAAACACCCGGUCUUCUGAUGCAGAGCAAUUUGUAAAAUAGAGUCAAUAAUUUACAUACUUAGGUCAGCAGCGAUUUAUUGGGUUUGGAAGGUGUUAGGUGCGCCUUGAUAAUUGACCCUUUGCAAACUGUCCCGGGGCCAUUGCAGGAAUGCCACGCAGGCAGGCCAACUUCCCUGGAUGCGGGGAAGGAAGAGAGGCAGAGUGAGGAGUUGCUGCAACAGGCGGCUGCAAAUCCAUGCGACCCGUCCACCGGGAACAUGAACAGAGUCAGGAGGCUGUUCCGCGGCAGCGGCAGGAUCCUCGGCUUGAUUUUCGCCGCUUCCGUAGCCUGGCUCAUCUUCGACAUGGCAGCGCUGAGGUUUUCCUUCACCGAGAUCAACAGUAAACUUUCCAAGGAGGAGUUGCUGCGGUUGGAGCGGCUGCGGACCAAAGUGCUGCAGGACCAGGGCUUGCACAAGAUGUUCCGGAGAAGGCCGGACGGGCGGCGGGCGGAGGGGGCUCCUCUCCAUGGUGACCCGCCGGGUGUCCGGGAUCCUCUCCAGGGUAACCCGGCGGAGCGGGAUCCUCUCCAUGGUGACCCGGCGGAGCGGGAUCCUCUCCAUGGUGACUCGCUGGGUGUCCGGGCUCCUCUCCAUGGCGACCCGGCGGAGCGGGCUCCCCUCCUUGGCGACCCGGCGGAGCGGGCUCCCCUCCUUGGCGACCCGGCGGAGCGGGAUCCUCUCCAUGGCGACCCGGCGGAGCGGGAUCCUCUCCAUGGUGACUCGCUGGGUGGCCGGGCUCCUCUCCAUGGCGACCCACCGGACAAGCAGGACCUCCCUGCCCGAGCGGCCGCCCCCGCCCCCCUCGACGACCACCGGCCGCUUCUGGCGGCGCCUGGAACCGUCUGGAAGCCGCCUCGCGCCGCCGUGGCCCCGGCAACUACAGGGCGCCCCGGGCCAGAGGUCAGGGUCCCGGUGGAGGUGGGCGCCGGGGCAGAGGGCAGGGAGAGCCCGCAGCGCGGCGGGGGAAAGGCCGGGGCAGAGGGGCCGAGUGACCGGGCGGAGGGGGCACCGGUGAAAUCUGUGCUGAUCCAGAGCAAAACCCAAACCCAGGGUGAAGUGAAGCCUGGAGGCAAAGGAGAAGUUGGCAACCCCAUAGACAAUAACGUUCCUGUCGCUGGCAAAGCACUGGAUGGAGCCAAAGGUGAAGCUGCCAACAUUAUGGGUCAUAAACCUCCCAUGGAUGGCAAAGCAGGGCAUGGAGCCAAAGAUAAAGCUGCCAAUAUAAUGGAUCAUACAAUCCCUGUUGUCAAAGAUCAGAAUGGAGUCAAAAGUGAAUCUGGCAACAUUGAGGUUCAUAAAAACCCUUUCGGAUUCAAAGGUAGGAUAGGAGUCGAAGACGAUGCUGCUAACAUUUCGGAUAUUAAAAUCCCUGUUGGCGGCAAAGCAUGGGACCAUGCCAAACGUGAACUUGUUUACAUUGUAGAUAAGAGAAAUCCUAUUGACCGCAAAGAAAUGGAUGGAGCCAAAGAUGAAGCUGCCCACAUUAUAGAUCAUAAAAUUCCUCCUGAUAUCAAAGUGUGGCAUGGAAUCGGAGAUCAACCUGCCAACAGUACUGAUAGUAAGAAUCCAGUUGGUAUCAAAGAUCGGAAUGGAGUCCAAGGUGAAGCUGCCAAUAUUUCUGAUAAUAAGAUUCCUGUUGGCAUCAAAAAUUGGAAUGAAGUGAAAGUUGAACUUGUCAACCCGAUAGAUAAUGAAAUUCCUGUCGGUGGCGACACAUGGAAUAGAUUCAAAGGUGAACCUGCCAAUAUUAUGGAUCAUAAAAUGCCUGUCAGUAACAAAGAUUGGAACGGAAACAAAGGUGAAUCUGUCAACAUUACGGAUAAUAAAAUUACUGGCGGUGGCAAAGAUUUUAACAGAAUUAAAGGUGAACCUGCAAAUCUUCUGGAUAAUAAAAUUCCUGUUGUUUUCAAAGAUUUGAGUGGUGUCAAAGGUGAAGUUGCCAACAGCAUGGAUCAUAACAUUUCCAUUGGAAACAAAUAUAGGAAUGGAGUCAAAAGGGAACCAGCGAUCCUUAUGGAUAAUAAAAUUCCUGUCGGUGGCAAAGAUUUUAAUGGAGUCAAAGGUGAACCUGACAACCUUACGGAUAGUAAGAUUCCUGUCGGUAGUAAGAUUUGGAAGGGAAUGCCUGGUCAACUUAUCAAUAUUGCUGUCUCAAAGAAUGGUGGAAUAAAACAAAACAUAAUGAAAAUUACACCUCUAACAAAUAUGGCAAACGCAGAAAUUAAUUUCAAAGCAAACAAAUCUGGAAUAAAUCUGUUUGAAGGUAAAAACCUGACUGAGAAAAAAGAUUUUUCAGUUAUUAUUGAUAAUAAAUUAACAGUCAAAAACAAUGAAAUGAAUUAUCAGCAGAUUGACGACGCUGUUUUAAAACGACCAGUUGUUAACUUGCGAUCUGCUCUAAGGGAACACAGAGUUUUGUCGAUUGACAGGACUAUAUCGUCACGGGACCCAGAAGCCAUGGGUCAGUUUGGGCAACCAGCAGUUGUCCCGAAGGACCAAGAAGGACGAGCAAAGGAAAAAUGGAAUGAGGGACACUUCAAUGUAUAUCUCAGUAACAUGAUCCCACUGGACAGAGCUGUCCCAGAUACAAGACCAAAAGGGUGCUCUGAUCAAAUGAUUCACAACAACCUUCCAACCACCAGUAUUAUCUUGUGCUUCGUGGACGAAGUGUGGUCUACACUCCUAAGGUCUGUUCACAGCAUCUUCAACCGAUCACCUUCUCAUCUCAUUAAAGAAGUUAUUCUUGUAGAUGACUUUAGCACUAGAGAAUACCUGAAAGAAAAUUUAGACAAAUAUAUGUCGCGGUUCCCAAAAGUUCAUGUUAUUCACCUACAGGAGCGGCAUGGUUUAAUUCGAGCCAGACUUGUGGGCACAGCAAAGGCAACAGGAGACGUUCUAACAUUUUUGGACUCUCAUGUUGAAUGCAAUGUUGGUUGGCUGGAGCCACUUUUGGAAAGGAUCCAUUUAAAGCGAACAAAAGUAGCUUGUCCUGUGAUAGAAGUUAUCAGUGAUGAAGAUAUGAGCUAUAUAGGAGUGAAUGGUUUUUUACGAGGAGUAUUUACCUGGCCCAUGAAUUUUGGGUGGAAGUCGAUACCCGAUGGAAUUAUAAAAAAAUACAAUCUAACAGAAAUGGACCCAAUAAAAUGUCCAAUAAUGGCAGGAGGAUUAUUUUCAAUUGAUAAGAAAUACUUUCAUGAACUGGGCACUUAUGAUAGAGGCUUGGAAGUCUGGGGUGGAGAAAACAUGGAACUCUCAUUUAAGGUUUGGAUGUGUGGAGGAGAAAUUGAGAUUAUCCCUUGUUCAAGAGUGGGCCAUAUCUUUCGAGAUGGCAAUCCAUAUACAUUCCCCAAGGAUAGAAUUAAGACUGUGGAGCGGAAUCUGGCCCGUGUGGCAGAGGUUUGGCUGGAUGAAUAUGUCGAUGUUUUCUAUGGUCAUGGUUACCACCAUCUUCUUAACACAAAUAACAUUGAAUUUAACAUUGGAGACCUAAGUGAGCAAAAAGAACUCCGGAAAAAGCUUCAAUGUAAGAGCUUCAAGUGGUAUUUAGAAAACAUUUAUCCUGAUAUACAAACAUCUUUUGUGAAAUCUGAUGGCUUGCUAUUUAAUGUUGGAACAAGGAAAUGUCUUGCUGUUGAAAAUGGCACGUUUUCAUUUGAAAUAUGUGAUAUUAAUAAAAAGAAUCAGCAUUUUAGCCAUUCGUGGUUACGGCUAAUUCAACACAUGGACUUGUGCAUAGCUUUGUUGGACAUGAAACGGGAAAUUGGGAUGAGAUCUUGUGAUAAAAAAAACAAUAACUUAAGGUGGCUCCAUGAGUCGCUUACAGCUGAAUCAACAUUGACGGAUCAUAUCCUUUGGGAGAUUUCUCAAUUUCCUUUGUGUUUAGAAGGUAAUCUAUUUGGAAAAGUCUUAAUGAUGAACUCUUGUGAUCAUUCUAAUCCACACCAGAAAUGGAAAUUCACCAACUAUUACAAGGAUUGAUGGAGGCAAUGAUCGAACGUCAGCUUGUGGUGAUGCAAGCAUUAUAAGAGGUUGACUAAAAUAUUAUUUGUUUGGAAUGGUGCCAAAACCAAUGACAUUGACCAAAAAACAUUCAAACCCACCCUGCAUAGCCUGAAAACAAGUUUCCAAGAUAAAUGUUUCCAUGUGGGUGCCAAAAGGAACUGCAAUGCAGGGCAUUAUGCAAUACUUGGCUGUAAGAAUGAACAAUGAUAUUUUUCUGUUCUUACAGAAAAAUUAAACAUUACUUUGGUUCAGCUAAUGUGAUGUAAUUCUUUAUUUGUAGAAAAAUGGAAAUUAAUUUAUUAUGACAUAAGUAAACACAAAUCGAUUGUGAAAUAAUGUAAUUUUGACAUUUUUCAUUUGAUCGGCGGUUUUGAAAUCAUACUUUAAUACCUGUAUUAAAAGGAAAGCUUUUAAGUGACAAGAUGAGGUGAGAAAAUAAUUAAACUGUAAUCCUACUUUCAGAUUUUCACGAUUUUUUUUGGUUCAACUGGCAAUAAAAAGAGCAUUCUGUUUGUAAUUCUCUGAGUUGGAAUAGUUUAUCUAUCUGCAAAAUGCUUUCUUUUGACAUAAGUGGCCAGGUAUUUGUUCAUCAGAAAGGAUUGGAAAUUAGCGGCACUUCUAUAAGCACUGCACAAUUUGUAAUUCAAAUGAAUAAUCCAGUAAAUAACUACCAGGAAAAUACAAAGUGCUGGAUUAAAUCUGCGAGUCAGACAGCCUCUGUGGAAAAAAUGGAUAUACGACAUUUCGGUCAGGACCUGAAGAAGAAUCCUGACUCGAAACGUUAUCAGUCCAUUCCCUUCACAGAUACUGUCGGACCCGCUGAGUUAGUCCAAUACUUUGUGUUUUGCUCAAGAUUCCAGCAUUUGCAGUUCCUUGUGUUCCAAGAAACUACCAGAAAAAGUCUGUACUGGCAAAGGGAUUGAUAAUAAUGAUGGAAAAUGAAAAAUUAAUAUUGUAGGUUGGUUUUCAGUUUGAUCCCCAUGAUGGUGCUUUUUUUUUAGGAGGAGAUGUUGAGCAGACUAGGCCUGUACCUUAGAUGUGAUAUCACCGAACCUUACAAAAUAUUCCUAUGUGUGACAGGAAAGAUUCAGAGGCGAUGUUUCCCUUGGCUGGGGUGUCUGGAACCAGGAAUCAUGUCUCAAAAUAAUAGGUGGACUGUUCAGAACUGAGAUGAGAAGAAAUGUCUUCAACCAAAGUGAUGAACCUUUAGGAUUCACCAUAUAAGAGUGCUUGUGUGUGUGAUCAGUUGCUGAGUAUAUUGAAAAGAGGGAGAAACUGAUAGAAGUCUAGAUAUUAAGGACAUUAAGAUAUAUGGGGUUACUAUCGGAAGGUGACCCUGCAGUAAGUCAUAGGCCAUGAUUUUAUUGAAUACCAGGAUGAUGUCAAAUGGCCUUUCCUGUUGCUCCUUUGUAGGACUUGUUCAGCACAAACAUGCCUAUAUAAUGAUCAGAAUACCAGGUGACAAAAGAAUAGGCCGAAUAUUGUUUGUGAUGGAAUUCGAAUAGUACAUCAGCAAUAGAGGCCGUGGGAAUCAAGAUGUUUUCUUUGCAACCUUUCAGGAACAUUUUGCAAUAAUAAAAAUAUUUUCAAUUGAUAAUCACAGUUGACUUGCUGGUUUGGAAGUGGAUUUAAUAAACAGCAAAGGAAUAUUCCUGCUUUCAACGUGGCAUUCGUGGUUAUACUGUUGGAAUGCCAGAGGAGGUCACUUUUUAAUUACAAAUACAGUUGCCCAGUCACACCAUAAACAGUGCAAUGUCUAAUGUUAAGAUAUGUUUGCAGUGCUGUGAAAUAAAAUGCUUUUUUUAAAUUUGGCUUCUUUAAAUUGUAAGCAACUGCUUGGCUGAUAGAACGAUUUGCAUGUUAAUUUCUCAAGAAAGAAAGGGCAGCACAGUGGCGCAGUGGUAGGGUUGCUGCCUUACAGCGCCAGAAAGCUGUGUUGGAUCCUGAUUCUGGUUGCUGUUUGUAUGGAGUUUGUAAGUUCCCCUGUGACCACAUUGGUUUUCUCCGGGCGCUCCAGUUUCCUCCGACACUCCAAAAACAUGCAGUUUUGUAGGUUAAUUGGGAUUGCUAAAAUUGUAAAUUGUUCCUACUGUGUAGGAUAGUGCCAGUGUACGGUGAUCGCUGGUCGAUGUAGACUCGGUGGGCCAAAGGCCCUGCUUCCGCACUGUAUCUCUAAAGUCUAAAGAACUGUUUCACUCAGACAAUGGAAAAGGGCCAAAAUUAAAUGGGAGCCAUUUCUUCAGCAUCAAUAAUAAACAAUAUUUUCUUUCUGGAGGAUGUAGGGUUUUCUGUGUGGGCGUCAUAGAUGUAAAACUCUACUUAAUGCCCUAUAAUCAGUUCAAUAAUUUUGAGACAUUACUGUAAAUGUCUGCUAUUGUGAUUCCCUACUUGAUAUUUGUCAGGAAAUGCUCUUUUUAUUACUAUUAAAUAUUGAAAAGUU